UUGUACAUAGCCGAGGUGAAUGGAUAUUGAAUCAUAACUUUGGAGGUCGAAAGUCUGAGCGCUGAAACUAUUUCUAAAAGGAUUUUUGUUAUAUGAGAGUCGAUCAUCGCCACCAAGGAUGGCCUAUCACCUCACCCCACUGCUCGUGACAACAUCCCUCCUCCUGAUGAUAUUUUUAGGUGCCCCCACCCCCACCUCGGCAGUCGACGCCUCCCCGGCAUCACCCGAUCAGCUCGCCCUCAUCAACCAUACCUUUGGCACGGAAAACAUCUAUCUCUUCGAAGGUGAAGAAAUUGAAGUCAAUUUCACUGUCUUAUACUACUACGGUACGGAGACUGUCAUCAUCACCUUCGAGAGCGAAAGGGAAUUUAACUUUGAGAUCGUCAACGCAUCCGACGUCGCAUUCACCCUGACGCCAUCAGACGAGUACCCGAAAACGAUGACGUUCAAUCUUCGUGGUAGUCAUAUCUCGAUCUCAGAGAUGUCGGUGCUGAUGACGGUCGACGAGUACGUGUUCAACAUCGGGUCGGUGACUGUUAAGACGAAAUUGAUCCCGAACCCCGUCUACACAGUCGUCAACUACCUGAUGCUUGCCGUCAUCGUCAUCAGUUUCGUCACCAUGGGGACAACGAUCGACCUCAAACUGAUCUGGGAGAGGCUCCGUCGGCCCUGGGCGGUACUGAUUGGUAUGCUGUGCCAGUUCUUCAUCAUGCCCGCCCUCGCCUUCGGGCUCGCGAAGGCCCUCCGACUCGACAACGCCUCGGCGAUUGGAUUGGUACUUGAUGGGUCGUGCCCUGGGGGAUACCUGAGUAACACCCUAAGCGUCCUACUCGAUGCCGACUACGUUCUCAGCCUGACGAUGACGUUCUGUUCCAACAUCCUCGCCAUGGGCAUGAUGCCACUGAAUCUCUUCAUCUACACGACCAGGCUGACGGACGAUAACGAGUCGUUGAACACGCCAUUCGGCGAGAUCGCCAUCCAGCUCGUCAUCCUUAUCAUACCUAUUGGCAUCGGGAUGAUCAUUCGGUAUAAAUGGCCUAAACUUCAGGAGAAGGCCAUGAAGUUACUCAAACCUGUCUCGACCAUUGUUCUAGCAAUCACGCUCGCCACAAGUCUCCCGUUCCAACUCUACAUCUUCGACGCUCCCUGGAACGUUUACCUGGCGGCUUUCCUGCUGCCGUUGUGUGGCGCUUUUUGCGGUAGCGUCAUCGCCAAGAUAACGUGCAUCAAGCCCAAUGCAGCUAUUGUCACGAUAUCAUUGGAAACAGGCGUCCAGAAUGCUUUGAUGGCCAACAGCAUCAUCGUCCUCUUCUACCCGAAACCCGAGGCAGAGCUGGCGGCCCGUGUCCCGUUCCUCAUCUUCCUCAUGACCCUCUUCGAAGGGAUCCUCAUCGCGGCCAUUUACCUCCCUUACAAGCACUUCUGCAAGAAGCCCGACGAUGAGGUGGACGACGAGGAGAAGAUCAAGAAUGAGAAGAUGAAGGAGGUGUAUUCACCGGAGGAGAUGAAAGAGAAGGACGGUGAUGGAGGAUAUACGACAGAGAGCGCCUACGAGAAUCCGGCCUUCCAAAAGAAUUGAAACAUCCAUCGCAUGGUCCGACAUUAUCAACCAUGCGCCUGCAUGUAUUAUUUUUCGCAUAUCCUUCAAUAUUCAUGGAUGAGGAGCGCUUUCAUUGAAAUUAAAGUCUUUCCUUUUACAAUCAGAGUUUAUGACAGCGCACAAUUUAAAAAAAAAAAAACCUAGAAACAAAGUAACAUUCGUCAGGCAUAAAUGCAAGCGGAUAAUUUUGAGGCCAUCUCAAAUUUCAUCUUAUAAUUGCAUUUAAGCGUCAAAAUAAUUUAUGAUGACUAUGAAAAUGGUAAUUAUGAUGGCAAGGAUGACGACAAUAUGAUAAAAUAUGAUCAUUUUCACCCCAAAUUUGAGGAAAAAUAUGAAAAAUCUUACAGAAUCCUAUAGCUAGAAAUACUAAUCAAUUGAUUAUGAAUAUUGUUUUAUUAUGUUUGAUAGUUCUUGCAACAAUUCAUCCUCAUAAAGCCAAGGGGUAAAAGAAAACGACAAAAACAUGAAGCUAGAAUUAUUAUUUAUUAUUAUUAUUUUAUUAUUAUUUGUUUUGGCGUCACCUGUGCCUGGGAGGGGAAAUUAUCAUUUUCAUUACUUGAGAAGAUUACUGUCCAACAUUUUCAGAUCAAACAGUAAGAUUGAAUCAUGUCUUCAUUAUAGUGUGUGAAAUUCUGAGAGCAUUUCGAGACAGUGUGUUUUCUUUAUAUUUUGUUUAGGUAAGUAAGGUUCAUGUUACUUCUAAAUGUGAACACAAUCAUAGACGGCAGGGGGGAAGGGGGUCCUGUCCCCCCUAAAUUUGAGGUGGGGGGACGGACUCUCCCCCC